GGUGCAGCCUACAAACCCCGGCAGGCUGCGCGCUGAGCGGGGGCUGCGGGGCUGCGACACCGGCACCGGGGCUGGGCUGAGCCGGGCCGGGAGGGGCCGGGUCCCGGUAGCCCCCGUAGCCCCGUGGCCGGGCGGUGCUGAAGGAUGCGAGGCUGCCCCUUGCCGCAGGGGGUGCCCAAAGCUCGCUGAGGCCCCCCGGGCUCGGACUUUAACCCUGCGAGCGGGGAGCCGUGGCCACGGGGCUCCUGGCCGCAGGAACGGGAAGCCCGUGGGGAGGCCCCGGGACCGCCGGCUGGGCUCCGGGCACCGGCCCCGGUCCGGAUUUUACAGAGCAGAGGAGCGGCGAAACGCCCGGAUCCUGCUCUGCCGUGUGCCGUCCCCGUGCCCGAUGGAUCCAGCGCUGGCUGGGGACGCUCCUCACGCUGCUCGGCUGAGCCCGGUGGGAGGACACUAGUGGGACACGAGUGGGACACGAAAGGGACACAAGAGGGACAAAUCCUGCCCGAAGAUGGCUCAGGCCACCGGGAGCAUCAACAGCGACUACAGGGACUGGGAGUGGAGCGCCGACGCCGGGGAACGGGCCAGGCUCCUGCAGAGCCCCAGCGUGGAGACGGUGCCCAAGAGCGGCGAGAGCCAAGGCAGCGGCCUGGGGGCCACAUCCGCGCUGGGCGCCGUCUUCAUCGUGGUGAACGCCGCCCUCGGGGCCGGGCUGCUCAACUUCCCCGCCGCCUUCAACACGGCCGGCGGCGUGGCCGCGGGCAUCGCGCUGCAGAUGUGCAUGCUGAUCUUCAUCAUCGGGGGGCUGGUCAUCCUGGCGUACUGCUCACAGGCCAGCAACGAGCGGACGUACCAAGAGGUGGUGUGGGCGGUGUGCGGGAAGGUGCCGGGCGUGCUGUGCGAGGUGGCCAUUGCCGUCUACACCUUCGGCACCUGCAUCGCUUUCCUCAUCAUCAUCGGAGACCAGGAGGACAAGAUCAUCGCCGCGCUGGUGACGGAGCCCGAGGAAGCGGGGAGCAGCCGCUGGUACACCGACCGCAAGUUCACCAUCAGCAUCACCGCCUUCCUCCUCAUCCUGCCCCUCUCCAUCCCCAAAGAGAUCGGCUUCCAGAAGUACGCCAGCUCUCUGAGCGUCAUCGGCACGUGGUACGUCACGGCCGUCAUCAUCAUCAAGUACAUCUGGCCCGACAAGGAGCUUGUGCCCGUGGAGAUCCCCACCAGCCCCUCCAGCUGGAUGGCCGUGUUCAACGCCAUGCCCACCAUCUGCUUCGGCUUCCAGCAUGAAGCAGCCGGAGGUGAAGACCUGGGGGGCGGUGGUGACAGCAGCCAUGGUGAUCGCUCUCUUUGUCUAUACAGGCACGGGCGUCUGCGGCUUCCUGACGUUUGGGGCCAGCGUGGAGCAGGACGUGUUGCUCUCCUACCCUUCCAACGACAUCCCCGUCGCCCUCGCCCGGGCCUUCAUCAUCCUGUGCGUGCUGACCUCCUACCCCAUCCUGCAUUUCUGCGGCCGGGCUGUUCUGGAGGGCCUCUGGCUGCGCUACACCGGGGUGACGGUGGAGGAGGAUGUGGUUCGGGAGCGGAGGAGGCGCCUGCUGCAGACCGUCAGUUGGUUCCUGCUGACGCUUCUCCUGGCUCUCUUCAUCCCCGACAUCGGCAAAGUCAUCUCCGUCAUCGGGGGCUUGGCCGCCUGCUUCAUCUUCGUCUUCCCAGGGCUCUGCCUGAUUCAAGCCAAACUCUCCGAGAUCCAAGAAACCAGGGCGCUCAGCUGGUGGGCCCAGGUCAGCUACGGGGUGUUCAUGGUCACCCUGGGAGCCUUCAUCUUCGGCCAGACCACCGCCAAUGCCAUCUUUGUGGAUCUCACAGCCUGACGCCUCCUCCGGGCUGCCCGCCACGGGGAAGCACGUUUCCUGCUCCAGGACCAAGGGGGAGCGGGGAGGAAACGUUUGGGUACAUUGGGAGCAGCCACGAGGAACGCUGAAAUCCGGGGCUUUGCUGAAAGAGCCCUGCAGGGCCUCGUAUCUCGCUGUCUGCACGCACCAGGCAGUCAGGCUCGCCGCCUCGGCCCUGACUCUCUGGUGAAGCCAGAGCAUCACUACCAGGAGACCUGCGACCCUGCGGAGGGGAGCGCUGUGAUCGUGGAGAUCCCCGCUCGCUCCAUGCCAACAUCCAGGUCAAAUCCUUCCUGCCCCUCCGGGGUGGAUAUCACUACAGGAUGGCGUUUGGGGUUUGCACAGGAAAGCAGCCUCCGUGUCAAGGGAACUCCUCUCCAGUCCUUGUUGUCACUACAGUGUUGGAGGGAGACAGCAUCUUGCAUAAAGGGAACGUGCCAUAAUUUGCCAGCGUUCGGUUCGGUUUGAGUUUUGCUUUCCCGUGGCUCAUCUCGCCGGUCUUCUGUCCUAGCUCAGUGCUGCCAGGGCUUCCUCUUCCAUUUUCCUCCGCCUGGGUUGCACUUUCUGUUCGAAAGUGGGACCAACCAGCAUGCUGAGCCUGGUUUGAACGUGCUGCUGGAGGAGGAUCGGGAGGACCCUGGGUAGCGCCACGCCACUACAAUGUUUACACUGCCAGCCCAGCCUCCGUGCAGGGGCUUGGCACUCACUAGAGAAGGUGCUGCGACUGCAGGGCCUGCUGGAGACACUACGCCAGGGCCGGGCUCAUCUCUGACUUUCAAAUCCUCUUCUUCCCAGGUGGCUGUCCAAGGAAUGGGGCAGGUGUAGGUGUUAAGGGAUGCUUCGGGGAUAAAGCAGUCGGCGUUAAUCCAUUUUACGUUGUUCCCUCAGUCCGGCUGAGUCCCUGUAUCCGGCUGGUGUUGCUCUGGGUGCUUCCUCCUUAGUCCUUUCUGGAAAGUUUCACUUCUGCUCCUUGAUGGUUUCUCUGGGUUCAGUUCCUCCAGCUGCAGAUUGGGCUGGGGGUGGUGAAAUCCCAGCAGUCAGCUGCUCUUGAUCAGACUUCCAAGAUCGAGAUCUUUGCCUUUUACAUCCCUGGGGGAGGGAGGGAUUGAUGUGUAAAUAUCCUUGUGCGUCGUCCAGGUGUCCUAAGGUGAAUCGUGAGACGUUGAGGUUGCCCUGGCUGCGCUCCUUGCCCUCUGCGACCAGCCGGCGGUGGGGGAGAGGACAGCGCGUGCACCCGUCCUCGUGGCAGCGCGUGACCUCUCCCUCCCAGUGCCUGCGGUGUGGAAAUGUGCUGACAAGAGGUGGCUUCAGCCCGCCGCGCUGCAGGGAAGGGCUCUUCGCCCCCAAUGCAUGUUUCUUCCCAGAUCCCGCUCUGUAAUUCGAGUAUUCCCCACCACUCUUUGAGAUAAGAGGGGGAAAUCCAGAUGGAGAAUGAGAAAGAACCCCCCAAUAAAUUGUUUCGAGGGACUGUGUGAA